AUGUGCCAGAUCAAGAAGGAGAUGAGCGCCGAGUCUGGCUCGCCAUCGGCCUCCACCUCGCCGGAGCACCACCAGACGGUGUGGACGUCGCUGCCGAAGCGGCCGGCGGGGCGGACCAAGUUCCGGGAGACGCGGCACCCCGUGUUCCGCGGCGUCCGGCGUCGGGGCAACGCCGGGCGGUGGGUGUGCGAGGUGCGCGUGCCCGGUCGCCGCGGCUGCAGGCUCUGGCUCGGCACAUUCGACACCGCCGAGGCCGCGGCUCGCGCGCACGAUGCCGCCAUGCUCGCCAUCGUCGGCGUGGGCACCUGCCUCAACUUCACCGACUCGGCCUGGCUCCUCGCGGUCCCUGCCUCCUACGCUAGCCUCGCCGACGUCCGACACGCGGUCGCCGAGGCCGUGGAGGACUUCCAGCGCCGCGAGGCGCUCCCGGAGGAGGAGGACGCUCGCUCGGCCACGUCGUCGACGCCGUCCUCUCCCGCCAACGACGACGACGCCGAGGAAGCCUCUUCGGCCACCGAGGACUCGCCGUUCGAACUGGACGUGUUCGGUGGCAUGAGUUGGGACUUGUACUACGCGAGCUUGGCGCAGGCGAUGCUCAUGGAGCCACCGUCCACAAUCACCGCGUUCUGCGACGACGCCGUUGCCGAAGUGCCACUCUGGAGCUACUAG